AUGUUGAGAUCGGCCCUCGUGCGGCUCCGCCCGUCCGGGGCGGUGCUGGCCCUCGAAGGCCUCCCGGCGGGCUCGUCAUGGACGUGCCUGGGGGCGAUGCGUGACAGUGGCCCGGGGGACGGGUCUCCGACGGCGCACGGACAACCUGUGGCCCGUCACGUACGAAACGCUUCGCUGGAGCCGCCGCGCCGGAACGUCACGGGCGCGAGGGCGCCGGAGCCGCACCCGAGGUCCUCCACACACUGCCCCGCGCCCCCCGAACGCACGUCUUUCGCGGCCAGACAGACGUCGUCGACCGCCCGAGCGCGCGGGCCGGACGCGGCGCGCCGCAGCGCCGAUCCGGAAGCCCCGGUGCGGGACUUGCGGAGGGAGUGGGAGAGCGGGGCCCUCCACGUUGGCCUGUUCCCGCCGGAGCGCGUGCGGAACUUCAGCAUCAUCGCGCACGUCGACCACGGCAAGUCCACGCUGAGCGAUCGCCUCCUCGAGCUCACGGGCGCGCUCCCCGCGGGCCAGCAGGCCCAGUUCCUGGACAGCCUCGAGGUCGAGCGCUCCCGCGGCAUCACCGUGAAGGCCAACACCGCGAGCAUCGUGCACCGGUACGACGGGCAGGACUACCUCCUCAACCUCGUGGACACCCCCGGGCACGUGGACUUCAGCUACGAGGUCGCGCGGUCGCUCCAGGCCUGCCAGGGCGCGGUGCUGGUGGUGGACGCCACGCAGGGCGUCGAGGCGCAGACCGUCGCGAACUUCUACCUCGCGUGGGGGCAGAACCUCGCGAUCGUCCCGGCGAUCAACAAGUGCGACAUGCCCGCCGCCGAGCCCGACACAGUCAGGCAGGACCUGCAACUCUCCUUCGACAUCGCGCCGGAGAGCUGCGUCGAGACGUCCGGCAAGACGGGGCAGGGCUGCCGGGAGCUCCUCGACCGCAUCGUCACCGGCAUUCCGCCGGCCACCGACGGCGACGCCGCGGCGCCCCUGCGCGCGCUGCUGUUCGACGCGCACCACGACCGGUUCCGCGGCGUGGUGUGCCUCCUCAAGGCGCAGGACGGCGUCGUCGAGCGCGGCGCGCGCGUGCGGUCGCACGCCACGAAUCAGGAGUACGAGGUGCAGGAGUGCGGACUACUGGUCCCGCACCGCCUGCCCACCGACAAGAUCCCCACGGGACUGAUCGGGUAUGCAAUUCUGGGGAUGAAGCGCGCGGAGGAGGCGCGGGUGGGCGACACGCUGCACGGCGUGCCGCCACCCGGCUCCCCGCUGCGCGCCGCCGCCGCCGCCGCCGAGCCGCUCCCGGGCUUCCAGCCCGCGGUGCCCAAGGUGUUUGCGGGGGUGUAUCCGGCUGCGUCAGACGAGCUCGAGGGCCUCAAAACCGCCAUGUCGCGGCUGCUGCUGACCGACGCGUCGGUCGUCGCGGCCAAGGAGCGCAGCUCCGCGCUCGGGCUCGGCUUCCGGUGCGGCUUCCUCGGUCUUUUGCACAUGGAUGUAUUCUUGCAGCGCAUGCGCCAGGAACACGGCGCGGACGUGCUGCUGACGCCGCCGACGGUGCCGUACCGCCUGGUGUACAAGGACGGCACCGAGCGCGUCGUCAGCAACCCCGUGGAGUUCCCGUGCGCGCCCGACGGCGACGCCAUGCCACGCGAGGUGUGGGAGCCGAUGGUCAGCGUGACGCUCGUGGCGCCGAUCGAGUUCAUGGGCGACCUCAUCCAGCUGUGCCAGGACCGGCGCGGGGAGCUGCAGGACCAGGUGGUGCUGGGGUCCGGGUCGUCGUCGCGCGUGCUGCUCAAGUACUGGCUGCCCAUGGCGGAGCUCGCAGAGUCCCUGUACGACCGCGUCAAGAGCCUGACCUCAGGCUACGCCACCCUAGACUACGAGGACGCGCCGGAGCGCAUGGCCGACAUGCAGCGCCUGGACCUGCUCGUCAAUGGGGAGCCCGUCGACGCGUUCGCGAAGGUCGUGCACCGCUCGGACGCCCAGCGCGAAGGGAAGAGAUUGUGUGGCAAGCUCGCUGGGGUCAUGGAGCGCCAACUGUUCGAGAUUGCCAUCCAGGCGCGCUGCGGGUCGCGCAUCCUCGCGCGCGAGACGCUCAAGGCAUACGCGAAGAACGUCCUCGCGAAGUGCUACGGCGGCGACGUGUCCCGGAAGCGCAAGUUGCUGGAGAAGCAGAAGGAGGGCAAGAAGAGGAUGAAACGCGUCGGAAACGUCUCGAUUCCCACGGACGCCUUCAUCAGCCUGCUGUCGCGAUGA